UUGGCAAGAGGUAAACAAAAACAGAGGAAGCGAGAAUGUGAUAUCACACUCACAGUUCGGUAUCAUCUCCACAACAACCAUGAACGGUUUUCAAAGCCUUUUCAAAAUCCAAAGUGGUUUCAAAGCAACAAAUGGUAGGUCCACACUGAAACCAUCCCUCCCAACUCAGUCGCUGCCAGCAUUGCCUCCCCCACCCCCUGACAGCCAUCACGGCCUCCCCUACACAGGCUCCGACAGCUCGCUGGUACACAGUAUAGCUGCAAGAUUUGUGCUUUCUGCAUCUCGGCCACAGGAUCACGGUGAUGUAAUCGAUGGAAACAAAACUCCCCAAUCUAAGGGAGGUAACCCAGUUAGACAACAACAGCUAUUUGCCACACCAUCACAGGAGCUUCACAGAAACCCAGGAAAUGUUGAAACAGCGAGAGAAAAGCCUAGUGUGCAGCUGAAGCGACCAGGGAAGGACGUUCAUCCUGCCAUGAGUGCGGUCAUCCUGGGGUGGCUCAUCUGCCAGAGGGAGAUGCUGAAAGAUUUAGCAGAUAUGAGAAGUACGACUGUGAAAAACCACAACCAACUUCUGAAGAAUCAAGAGAGCACCCAGGCCCUGGUGUUGAGUCUUGUGGAGCAGCUGCAAGCCCUGCAGACAGAAGUCACAGCCAUCCACACACACACAGAGGCAGAUAGGGUGACCCUGAAGAGGCUGGUGGUGCUGACUGGACUGGUCAACCUUCUGCUGAUGUUCCUGGCUCUGUCCUGGUCGAACCGGUCAGUGAGGACCACAUGUCACAUGUGGUACGGCCACUUGAGGCAGUCGGUCAUCCACCCAGCACUAACUGUGUUCAGAGACUACAGGAACUUCACCCAGUCAGUCGUCAGUCAGGCACUGUCAUCCCUCCGCCUGUUUAAGUGGAGCUAGGGGCUGAAGGCGGUGUUGGUUGGAGGAGAUAUGAUGGUAUUGGUUGGAGGAGAUAUGACGUUGGAGGAGAUAUGACAGUAUUGGUUGGAGGAGAUAUGACGGUAUUGGUUGGAGGAGAUAUGACAUUAUUGGUUGGAGGAGCUAUGGUGGUAUUGGUUGGAAGAGAUGUCUUGCGUGUCCAACACACAUCUGUUACAGGAACAGGAAAGUACAGUUGUUGUAUAGUAUUAAUUGUAUAUAUUUUGAGACAUUAAUUGUACAUAUUUUGGAUAAUAUAAGGCUUAAAAGAAUUGUUUCUCAGGCAGUGACUUUUAAAAAUAUAGUGUUCGUGGGCGGUUUUUGUUGUUGUUUUUUUUCUUUGCUUGAUCAAACUAGUAUGUAACCAAAUAAACAGUUGUGUACCAUCAAUCUGGGAAAUGGCCUCCUUACAUAAACAAGUAUUCAAACUCCUAUUGCUGCCAUAACUAUGACACAAGAUGCACAGUAAAGCAGUUUGCAUGUAAAGGGAAGUAACUGUGUGCUAAAGUGGAUCGCAAGUAUUAGGAUUUAAAAUUUAUUUUAUUUGAAAAUGGAAUUAAAAACCAAACUUUAUGAUGAUGCGGGCAGUUCCUGAGAACCAAGACUAUUACUUUUUUAGGUCUAAGGGAAAUAUGUACUGUUGAAGAGGCUGACGUAUGAAAUAUAUUGUAUACAUGUCGCAAACUGGUAUGAUAUAUUGUAUAAUUGUUUGAAACUGGUAUGAUAUGUUGUAUUAAUGUUUCAAACUGGUAUGAUGUAAUGUAUAAAUGUUGCAAACUGAUAUAUUUUGUUUAAAUGUUACAAACUGGCAUGAUAUAACAGGUGUAAACUUGUAUGAUAUUUUGUAUUAGCAGCUGCAAACUGGUCAAUUUUGUAUAAAUGAUGCAACCUGGUAUGAUUUAUUGUGUAGCAGCUGUAAACUGGUAAAUCUUGUAUAAAUGUUGCAACCUGGUAUGAUUUAUUGUGUAGCAGCUGUAAGUGGUAAAUUUUGUGUAAAUGUUGAACCUGGUAUGAUUUAUUGUAUAGCAGCUGUAAACUGGUAAAUUUUGUAUAAAUGUUGCAACCUGGUAUGAUUUAUUUUGUAGCAACUGUAAACUGGUAAAUCUUGUAUAAAUGUUGCAAACUUGUAUCAUUUAUCUCAAAUACCAGCUACCAGUACCAGAUAUGUUGUACCAAUGUUACAAACUGGUAUGAUUUAUUGUAUAGCAGCUGAAAACUGGAACAUUUUGUAUAAAUGAUGCAACCUGGUAUGAUUUAUUGUAUAGCAGCUGAAAACUGGAACAUCUUGUAUAAAUGAUGCAACCUGGUAUGAUUUAUUGUAUAGCAGCUGAAAACUGGAACAUCUUGUAUAAAUGAUGCAACCUGGUAUGAUUUAUUGUAUAGCAGCUGAAAACUGGAACAUCUUGUAUAAAUGAUGCAACCUGGUAUGAUUUAUUGUAUAGCAGCUGAAAACUGGAACAUCUUGUAUAAAUGAUGCAACCUGGUAUUAUUUAUUGUGUAGCAGCUGAAAACUGGAACAUCUUGUAUAAAUGAGGCAACCUGGUUUGAUUUAUUGUAUAGCAGCUGCAAACUGGUAAAUUUUGUAUAAAUGAUGCAACCUGGUAUGAUUUAUUGUAUAGCAGCUGCAAACUUGUAAAUUUUGUAUAAAUGUUGCAACCUGGUAUGAUUUAUUGUGUAGCAGCUGUAAACUGGUAAAUCUUGUAUAAAUGAUGCAACCUGGUAUGAUUUAUUAUGUAGCAGCUGUAAACUGGUAAAUUUUGUAUAAAUGUUGCAACCUGGUAUGAUUUAUUGUAUAGCAGCUGUAAACUUGUAAAUCUUGUAUAAAUAUUGCAACCUGGUAUGAUUUAUUGUGUUAUAGCUGUAAACUGGUAAAUUUUGUAUAAAUGUUGCAACCUGGUAUGAUUUAUUGUAUAGCAGCUGUAAACUGGUAAAUUUUGUAUAAAUGUUGCAACCUGGUAUGAUUUAUUGUGUAGCAGCUGUAAACUGGUAAAUCUUGUAUAAAUGAUGCAACCUGGUAUGAUUUAUUGUGUAGCAGCUGUAAACUAGUAAAUUUUGUAUAAAUGUUGCAACCUGGUAUGAUUUAUUGUAUAGCAGCUGUAAACUGGUAAAUUUUGUAUAAAUGUUGCAACCUGGUAUGAUUUAUUUUGUAGCAGCUGUAAACUGGUAAAUCUUGUAUAAAUGUUGCAAACUGGUAUGAUUUAUUGUAUAGCAGCUGUAAACUGGUAAAUCUUGUAUAAAUGUUGCAAACCUGGUAUCAUUUAUCUCAAAUACCAGCUACCAGUACCAGAUAUGUUGUAUCAAUGUUGCAAACUGGUAUGAUAUGUUGUAUCAAUGUUGCAAACUGGUAUGAUUUAUUGUAUAAUAUUGCAACCUGAUAUAUUGUAUACAUGGUGCUACAAUUGUGUGAUUGUAUGGACAUGGCUAGACGGUAUGAGAGAUUGUAUGUACAUUACUAGCUGGUAUGAGAGAUUGUGAGUACAUUGCUAGCUCGUAUGAAAGAUUGUGUACAUUGUUAGCUGGUACAGGAGGUUAAGUACACAUUGGCAGCUGGUAUAAGAGAUCGUGAACAUUGCUGGCUGGUAUGGCAGAUUGUAAACAUUGCUGGCUGGUAUGAGAGAUCGUGAACAUUGCUGGCUGGUAUGGCAGAUUGUAAACAUUGCUGGCUGGUAUAAGAGAUCGUGAACAUUGCUGGCUGGUAUAAGAGAUCGUGAACAUUGCUGGCUGGUAUAAGAGAUCGUGAACAUUGCUGGCUGGUAUAAGAGAUCGUGAACAUUGCUGGCUGGUAUGAAAGAUUGUGUACAUUGUUAGCUGGUACAGGAGGUUAAGUACACAUUGGCAGCUGGUAUAAGAGAUCGUGAACAUUGCUGGCUGGUAUGGCAGAUUGUAAACAUUGCUGGCUGGUAUGAGAGAUCGUGAACAUUGCUGGCUGGUAUGGCAGAUUGUAAACAUUGCUGGCUGGUAUAAGAGAUCGUGAACAUUGCUGGCUGGUAUAAGAGAUUGUGAACAUUGCUGGCUGGUAUAAGAGAUCGUGAACAUUGCUGGCUGGUAUGGCAGAUUAUAAACAUUGCUGGCUGGUAUAAGAGAUCGUGAACAUUGCUGGCUGGUAUAAGAGAUCGUGAACAUUGCUGGCUGGUAUAAGAGAUCGUGAACAUUGCUGGCUGGUAUGGCAGAUUGUAAACAUUGCCGGCUGGUAUGAGAGAUCGUGAACAUUGCUGGCUGGUAAUAUUUCAUGUAUUUGUAUAUUCCAUCUGAGUGGAAACAUGUUACUUAGGUCAGUCUCAGAAAUGUUACUUACAGUAUGUUUUGACUUUUCCAUUUUGCAUCAAGCCAGGCUUGUAAAAUAAACCACGAGUGGGAGUUUUUUUAUCGUACAAUAAAACACUACAGGGAGAGUAAACCUCAUGGUGUAUUCUGCAGCACCCUCAUGGUUUAUUCUCCCUGCAGUGUUUUAUUGUACGAUUAACAGCGACAGGUCUUUUAUUUCUUUUUAUGAGAUAUCAACAUUAUGUAAAGUCUCUUUAAGGCUGAUGAUGAAAUGUACAUGCUUUAUUAAUAUUUACCCGUAUUUUAAUAAUAAUGACUCCCUCAAUAGAAUCCGACCUCGGCAAUCUCAGACAUGUUCAUUUUAUGCACGGGUGGGUAUUUCCCGCAUAUUCUCACAAUCCUCACGUCGAUUACCUGUAUCUUUUCUCCCAAUGACUAUUGUCAUAUUUGUCCCACUUUACAGUGCGAUCGUUCUCGUCGCGUUUAAAGCAUAAGAUUGGUUGGUUUGUUGUUUUACACAGCACUCAGCAAUAUUCCAGCUAUAUGACGGCGGUCUGUAAAUAAUCGAGUCUGGA